AUGGGCGACCCGCUCCAGCGUUCGGGAGCGAGCACGCCCGACGGUGUGUCCUGGGACGCUGUCGACGAGGAGAUCUCGUCUCGUGCCAAGUUGUCCGAGGCCCCACUUGAACUGGUCGAGGAGGAAGAGGAGGACGAACACCGGCUGGGAGACGGUGCGGGCGACAGCGAUGGCUAUGGGGAGUCCAGUCUGGCUACCCACGACGCUCUGGCCCGUCGGCGCAUCCUCAUGCUCGCUUGUGCUUGUUUGCUGUCCGUCGGGAGUCACUACUCGUCUUACGUCCUCGGCCCGAUCAAGCGAAGCCUCGGGACGAGCGAGUCGGGCUUCGCGGCCCUCAUUUCGUCCUUCGAACUCCUCAACACAAUAAGCCCGCUCGUUUCCGGCUUCCUCGUUCCAAAGUACGGCGCCGCGGUCUGCGGACUCGUUGCGACGGGCGCGGUCCUGCUGGGUCAGCUCGUCGUCUGCUUCGCCGAGGGGAGAGACGGCGGCGCAGCAGGCAACAUCCCCGGAAUGGUCUUUGGCUUGCUCAUCUUCGGCGCCGGCACAUCUCCCUUGGCCGUUGUCCAAGAAACGAUUAUCCUCCAAAACAUCUCUGCGUCUUCACGCUUCGUCGCUCGUUCCGUGGCCGCAGGGCUCGUCCUUGGCAAGACAGGCUCCUUCGCCGCCGGCUUCACCUCCGAACGCCUAUACUCGAUCUCGCCUCGCCUCCCAUUCUUGACGGCCACCAGCCUCGCUCUCUUCUCCUUCUCGGCAUGUGUCAUGUACGCGAUACUCGAGCGCUCUACGCACAAACACGCUCCCUCGUCGAUGAAAGCGGAUCUUCACUCGCAUCAUCGCUCGCUUCGCCUUUCCGCCCUCGCGGGCUUCGGCAUGCCUUUCUGGUACUACAUCGCAGUCUGCGCUCUCGCCGGAACGUGGUACACGACGCAGCAUCUCUCCUCGCACAUCCUUCAAGCCGUCUACGGCAUCUCGGAAUCGCAUGCAAGCGCGACCGCUUCGCUUAUCUUGGCUACGCCCAUCUUUCUCUACCCGCUCAUCGGCUACGCAGUCGACAAGCGACCUCAUCUCCUCGAACGCAUCUGGCUCGCCGUGCCUUGCUUGACCGCCUCGAGCUACUUGAUCCUCCUCCUUCUCGCACCCAUCGUUCCGCCUUCUCUCGCUCUCUUGCCCGCCGCGCUUGGAAUCGGCUGCGGCCCGCUCCUGCUCGUCCUCGUCGUACCUCGCAUUGUUGAGCGGCAUCAAGCACCCACCGCCCUCGGCGCGCACAAGUCGCUCGAGAUGUCCGGCGCCAUCAUCUUCCAGACGUUCGCCGGCGCCCUCCUCACGCUCGGGCACCGUCGAGGCGAGGUACCGGAAGACGAGCAGGACGAGGACGCGAGUGGGGCUUUGACGCUUCUUGCGGUCGGCGCGCUCGUUCAGGUCGCCGUCGUCGCGAAGUGGUGGCACGCUAUACGACAGCGAACGUCGGAAUCAGCGGCAGGAGCAGGCGCGGCGAGCGCUGCCCGGCUGUCGCUCGACGGUGUAGCAUCGGAGAUGGAGGACAGCGGAGACGAAGCGAGACGCGGGUUGCUCUCGGACGCUUCGCCCGUCUCGCGUGCUCACUUCGACAGUCUGGACGCGGAGGACGGGACCGAGGAGAUGAGCUGGAAGAAAGGUCAGGAUUUGGCAUGGGGUAGACGAGCGCUCUUUCUUGCCGGAGGAACGGUCGUCUUUAGCUGGCUGUGCUUUGUGGGCAACUUGCUUAUGUAG